AUUUUUUGUUUACAUCGAGUGCAGAAUUUUCACAUCAUUGAAAAUUAUUAAUUAUUUAGUGUUAAACGAUGGAUAAGCUAACAUUUCAGAAAGCAAUCGAUAAAUUAAAGAACACAGAAUGCAGCUCAAAAGAAAAAAUUCAGAAAUUUGACCAAAUUUAUCAGUCACUAAGCUCAUUAAUCAACAACUCGAAUUACUGUACGUAUUUAAAGAAUGCUAUACAAGUAUUACUGCUGUUCUGCGAGGAUAAUGACUCAAAUGUCAGGAUUAGUGCUGAAGAAAAUCUCAACAGAAUUAUCAGAAAUUGUGAGAAAAAUCAUCAAUUUACGAUAAUAUUGAUUGAACUAUAUCAUGAAAUAAAGAAAAACGGAAAUGAACGAUCGCUGAGGAUUUGUCUGAAUUUAUUUUCACAUUAUUGUCAUCAUAUUAAGCACAGGAAGAGAAAAGUUUAUGCACAAAAUCUAGUUCCCUGUAUGCUGGAAAUAGGCAAAAGAAGAGAAUCAUUAGUGAUUGAGACAUUUGUGGACUUUAUUAAGGCAUUCUCAAUGAAUUUACUCAAUUGUCUUAGCGAUUAUGAAGUCAUAAAAGUAACGGAAUUGUUUAUUGACAAUUUGUCUGUUGAAUGUGCAAUUAAAAGAAGGUGUGCCGCACAAAAUAUUGUGACUAUCUUGGAAUAUUCAAGCAAAAAGGUCUUUGUUCUUAAAACUGUCGUAAUUAGAGCACAGGAGAAUUUAUCAAAAAAUCAUCAGAAUAAUAAUCCAGUUCUUGGAACUUUAGGAUUAUUGCGACUACUUGUGCCUCAUUUAAUUGAUUCCAAUGAUCAAUAUCAGAAAGUUAUUGAAAUUCUUGAGACAUGCUUGAAUUUCCUUAAAAAUGAAACAAAUCAUUCCUUAAUUAACGCUAAUUUGGAAGUUGUUAAUUCAAUUCUAGUUUCCAGUAUAUCCAAAAGUGAAAUGAAAGAGAUUCUUUGUGAUGAUGACAAAAUGGUUCAUAAAGAAAUGCUUUUAUCAAGACGUACAGCUAUUUUAUCUUCAUCCUAUGAAUCAAGGAAGUCUAGUGCUGAAACAAUAAAAAUGCAAGAUAGUUUUCUUCAAGUUCCACAUUAUUCUAUGCAGUCUACGCCUAAUAAAUCAAUAGGAGAUUUUAGUGACGUUGAAGGUGAUUCUUUUAAAUCUACUGAUUUUGAUGCUAAUGUUCCUACAUCCUCGUCGCCAAACGCUUUUAAAAAUGUCAUUGGAGCUGCUGAAACUAUGUCUAUUAAAUCAACAGACUCGAUUAAUUCAUUUUUCAAUACAAUACUGACACAUUCGAACACAGAUGCAGUCACAAAGUUCUUCAGGAAGUCCUCAACUGACUCGCCAGUACAUCAAUCAAAAAUGAGCGAAAGUGCGGAUGAAAAAUCACUGGAUCUAUCUUUAACUAAUUUAAAAGAUGACAGCAUUGAAGUUUUUGAUUCUCAAACCUUACCAGAAACUGGAGAAAUGGCAAUAGAGGAUGAUACUUUAGAAUUGACAGUAGAUACAACAGAAACAGCAUGCAUGGAUGCAAAAGAGCUUUUUAUUGGCUCCUUAUACGAUCAAUGUGUAGUUGAUUAUAUAGUACGUUUAAUCUCAUCAAAAUUCUUACUUGAUGGACUUCCAAAAGCGUUAAUUAGUGACCAAAUUAUUCGCGUUUCAAUUAAAAAUCUCGCAUUAUCUGUGAUUAGUGUUUGUGUGGAACUUAAAAAGGAUGUGCUGUUAUUGAAAUUAUCAAAAGACUUUACCGACGAGUCAAUGAUGGUUGAGAGCUUGUUAAGCUUUUUAAUUGAUGAAGAUAUUCGAUUAGAGGAUGAAGAUAAUAAGAAGACGAAAAGUAAUCCUCAUUUGGAAGUAGCACAAGCGACUUCCAGUGAACAGCCUCAAAGCUUCCUAGAAAUUAAGGAUGAUCAUUUUGGGGAGUGCACAACAGCAACAUUCCUAGACUAUUUUUCACCAUUAAAUAAUAAUCUAGAUGAUCAAGGAUUAAUAUCAUUAAAGAAUCGCAUGUACGAGGAAAAAACUAAGGAUCGUGAUGAAAGUACUAAGAAAAUUAAUCGAGAAUUGUGUCAGUUAUUGUCUAGAUCUGAAGGAAGCGAUUCAAAGAAAUUAACUCCAAUGAUGGAAACGACUUUAAAAUUGCCGGAAGAUAAAGAUUGUCAAUAUAUUGUAGAUAUUCUUUUAUAUGCUGCACACGGAGAUCCAGUAUUAAGAGCUAAUGUCUAUACAAUCAUUGGCAAUUUUAUUAAAUCUGUUCUAGAAAGAAAUCUCGAUUAUAACAAAGUUAUAAGCAGAAAUGAGUAUGUGCGACAUUCCUUAAAAUUUAGCACUCUUAUCGACCAUUUACUGAAUGGAAUUCGAGAUGAGAUUAAUUCAGUUGUGAAACAAACUCUUGUGGCUUGGGAAAAUUGUAUAAAUCUCAUGCUAGCUGUGAUGAAUGAAUCAGAAAUUGAGAAUGUACUGAAUAAGUUGUUGAUGACUUCAUAUAACAAAUAUUGGCUGGUUCAAUGCAAGUACUGUGAUGUGAUAACUAAAAUUAAUAUUGAAAUGCUGGGAAGUGUAAUUGGUGUGGAUCGGGCUGAUUCGUAUGAGAAAUUAAUUCGUCAACAAUUGUUCAUUCUGAUCAAGGAUAAUGAUUUUCGCGUGAGAAAUCAUUCAAGUGAGUCAUUGUCAGACUGGAUUUUAUAUCUGACUGAACAUCGAGAGUAUAGUCAGCAAAAUGAGGACAAAAGCUCAUUAAAGCAGUUUGUGGAGCAAAAUUUAAUAAAGUCUGAAGCACUCAUCAUCAAUUUAUCCAAUGAUCAUAAUCCAUACGUAGAACUGAAGCUUUCAACAGUCCUUUAUGAACUGAGUAACUUAUUAAUGGAGAUAAAAGACAAGAAUCAGCAGUUUGGAACGAUUUAUGCAAUUAAAGUUAUGAUUAGAAAAUUCAGUCCAUCAAGUUACGGAGCAGUUUGGAAGGAAUUUAAUAUCCUUAACAUUCUUUUGAGCUUUAUAAAUAAGAAUCCAGGCAUAGCUCUCGAUAUCUCGUGUCAAUGUGAUAUGUUAGAAUUCAUAUCGUCCUUAAUAGCUGUCGAAUGCUUAAAUACAGGAAAUGUUAAGGACAGCAACAACGAAUUCAUCAAGCAUUUAAUGAAAAUUCUCAACAUUUAUACGCAUUUAAUUAGUAACAUGAAAUUAGUCAUUAUCCCCAAGACUAUGGGCGAUCUCUUCAUAUCAACUAAGGAACAUCCAUUUGUUAAUAAUUAUGGACAUUUCAGCAGUGAUCAUUUCUACUUAAAAUUCUAUUUAGUACUGAAAAGCUCGUAUGACUCAUAUCGAAUGACUAUUAAUCCUGAAGCUGAAGUUAAGCUUAGACAAUUGCUGCAUUUUGUAAUGUUAAAUCUACAGAUAUUAUUGGAAUCAAGGUUAAUGGUUAAAACUGAUAAUGAACUGAUUGAGGAAAUUGUUGGAUAUUUAAAUCAUCUUAUUGGAUUCCAACCUAAAGAUUCUAUAAUGACGACUAAAGUGCUACUUAAAUUCUUAUUUCAAAGGAACUUUCACAAUAGAAAAAGUGAUAUCGAUGAAGUUUCGAAUGCUGCUGUAAUUUCAGACACAAAAACAGUUUUUGAGAAAUUUGAGAUUUUUUCAACAUUUGAUUCCGUUUUGGUCACUCAAAAUUCUGAUAAUUUAAUUAAGCUAUUUGAUCCUUUGGUCAUUCAUUCACUAAGGCUGUUUACCAAAUCUAAUGCUGUUCUACAGACAAAGGUUCUUGACAUGUUGUGCCAAUUAUUAGAAUUUAAUAUCAAUUACAUGAAAUUAGAUGCAAAAAAGGUUUUUGUGGAUAUUGUGUUGAAGCAGAUUGAUUAUAUUGAGGAUGGAUGUGUCGUAGACAGUGAAAUUUUGGCACCAAAAGUUGUAGAAUUUUUAAUUUAUUUAACAAAAUUAAAAGAAAAGAAAAUCUUAACAAUGCCAAAAGUCAUUAACAUUAUUGACAAUAUGCUUGCAUCUGCAAAUGGAAUCACCAAGAAAAGUGGCGUGGAUGCCUUAAAAGUCCUAAUUAUUGACUUAUUCUUUCACAGUAAUAAGAUUCCUGCAAAUAGCGAACCAGAAAUUAUUGAAGCUUAUUUUAAAGACAUAAAUGCACAAAGAGAAGUCGCAAUCAGCAUGUUAAUGAAGUUUAUACAUUACAAAGAGAUCCAAACUUGUUUUGAGUGGAUUAUGAUGAAAAUUAAGGUUGUACAGUCAGACAUCCAAAUUGAUGAAAAUGAAUUGUAUCAAAACCUGGUCCAAAAUUUAAAGGAAGACUCAACUAUUGAAGGAUCAUUUAUAUCCUCUAUAGCUAAAAACAUUCUGAUAGAAAGCAAAAACUUUAAGACAAUAAUUGGACAUUACUGGAAGUUGCUAGAUUCUCAGAAUGAUUCCGCACUGGAUGUGCUGAUUUGCCUUCAAAAUAAUAUUAUUAACAUUGCUGAAGAGAUAUACUUAAUUAAUCACAUUAGGUUGCAUCACCAAAAGCAGGAAAAUGACGGAGAUGCAAUCAUCAAGUUCCUUAAAUCUCAUUUAAAUUUUAUAAAGUUUCUGAUUGGAACUGAGAAUGUCGAUGUCCUGAAAUUAAAUAAAUUCAUUAGAUUCCUGAAAUUUGACAAAUAUGCUACCUUAAAGCACCAAUUGACGGAACUGCUGGAUGUUAAAUUAGUCAUUGAGAGUUCUAGAGACAUGACUUUAAAAUCUGUUAUGUAUUUCUUCUUAUUACUGGAUAUAACAUCGAUUGACAUUGAUGAGUCACUUGGAUCUUCAACAAUUUUAAUUAACAAACCUAAAAUACUUGAUCAGUUCCAUAAAAACCUCUUCGAUGUCCGUAAAAACAUCAGCAACUGGGAAAGUAACGAAAUCAUGAAAUUCUUUAAAGACACGCCAAAAAUUGAAGUACUACUGAAUCAUGCCCAUGACUCACUGCUUAAAAGUUUACUUGAGGAUGAAGAAAUUUCAAGAAUUGUUAUACGUAAACUUACCGCCGUCAAAAUAUCGGCAAAUAGACUAAAAUUCAUUCUCGAAAAUGUGCAUGAAAGCUGCCUUAUUGAUUCCUUGAUCUUCCUGAUCUCGUUCGCAUCAAACAAUGAGUCUAAAAUACUACAAUUAGUGAUUGUUAAGAAGCUUAGUCUAAUUAAGAAUAAAAUGAUACUUAAUUCCGAUGAAAACCCUAAAAUAUCAACAGAUGAGCUUGAAAGGAUGAAGGCAAAAUUGAUUGACUUUAAGUUGGAUAGUAAAUAUAUGAUUCUAAUGGCUACAAUUAAUGAUUUAAUUAAAUUUCUGAAGAAGGAUGUAAAAGUUGAUGUCGAUUUUGCGGAACUGACCAAAAAUAUCGACGAAAAUUGGCUUUUACAGGAAGUUGAAGGAACACUGAGUUCAAAUUUUAAAAAACCUUUAAGAAUCGCCGAAGUUUUAUAUGAAAUCAAGUCAGAAUCUAAAUUAUCAGCACUAUUAAGCCACGAAAGUUUUAAUAUUGAUUUAUUUUCGACCAUAAUUCAAGUCAGCUUUAAGAAAAUGCUUAAAAACUUUCGUGUCGACUGCAUCCAAAUUAAUCCACACUUAAAUUACAUGAAGAUGCCUCCUUUAUUAAAAGCUGCUUUAAAUAGCAUUGGAAGUCUUUUAAAUGAGAACUUGGACAAUAAAAAAGUUGUAAAGGCAUCCAAAAUACUGCUGGAUCUUAUGGACUCGAUUAAAACUCUUCAUGAUACAGCAUUAAUCUAUGUUGAAGCUAAAUAUGCUGAAAAGUUCAUAACUGAGAAUAUCCUUAAACCUACAAUAAAUGAAGCAUUGCUGAAGUUCCUUCAAGUCAUGAUCAACAGGCUUAAUUUAGUAGAACAAAAGGACAUCCUUGUUAAAGCCAUUCAAUCUGUAUAUGCGAAUGAAAUAAUCAAUAUUAAGGAAGUCGAUGAUGCCUUAAUCACUUGGAUUUACAAUUUAUUGCAGUCAUCGCUGAUUAAUACAGAUUUUAUAGCUAGAUAUCAACAUCCACAACUAUUUGAUGAACUUGAAAAUGAAGAAACAAAAUCUCAAAUUGAGGUUUUUAAGCAGGCAAUAUUCAUAGCCAAAUUACAGGAAGCAUACACAGACGGUGAAUUCCGAUUGAUUUACAUUUCGUCGUAUGCUAAAUAUUUAAUAGAAUUGUCACUCGACUUGUCACGCUAUGUCCUGCGGAUAAAUAAAUUCUAUCAAUUUACAGUCACUCCAUAUGAGAUAUUAUUAAGCUAUCGAUCAGGUGACGACUUGCUGGAUAAGACAAAAUUAAAGCUCAAGCAGAUUCCAAUAGAAUAUCUUAGUGACAGUGACUUACUUGAAAGAUAUGUCAGAAGAAUUAAUCGUUAUGGAUAUACGCAGCGUCAGGAAUUCGAGGAGAUCUUUAUGACACUUUUAGUCAUGCUGAAUCAAUUUAAUGACAUGCAGGAUGCUGAAGAACAAUUUUAUAUUAAACAGCUGUGUUUGCAGACAAAUAUUGAUUUAUUAUUGACAUGCUAUCGAUAUACAUCGAAUGAUAAAAUUGGCAGUUCCAAUUUUGGACAUAUUAAUCGACAUCCUGAAAAUUGGUCGAAGAUUGAUGUCAUUGGGGUCAAAAAGCUUCAUCACAUCCAAGAGCUUUUAAGUUCAAAUUUGAAUGUCUUUUAUCAGCCAAAUUUGGAGCGAGUUGGUGGAGACAAUAACGUAAUUAUGACUGAUUCCUAUGACAUGAAUCAGUUCUCUCUAAAUUAUACUUGGAAUAUGACAAAUGAAGUUCCAUUAAAGAAGACAAGUUACCUUAUAAAGAAUCUAACUUAUAUUCAUGCUGAAAAGUUUGGAAUUGACUAUAAAAGUGCUUUACAUCUAGUCUAUGACAUUAUGACCCAGAUGAUUGAUGAGAAUUAUGUUCUAAUCCUGCCACAGCUUGCUAAAUUGAUUGAUGUACUUGACAAUAAUGAUCAGUUCCGAUGGAUUAAUAAGAAAAUGUUGGCUAUGCAUGAAUCUGUCUGUGCUUUAGACACAAUUUCUCAUCAAUAUAUUGUCUACCUACUUUGUCGAUCGUCUGCUGUUCUAGUUCCAUCUCUCAGUGAAAUUCAGCAAUUGAUUGCUAUAAUUAACAAGUAUCUUGCAUGCAAUCACAUGUUUGUAAGGAACGCGACUCUCCAUGGACUUUUGUGUCUCUUUGAAGUUUUAAAUAAAACAAAUACAACAAUUGGAGGCAUUAAUGAUGAGAUUAAGCUGCUGCGAACAGCUAUUGUGAAUUAUACGAACAAAAAUGGAAUUAUUUAUGAAUGUUCAGCUACUUCAUCAACGCCUAGACAUGAUAAGCUUGUUUGGUCGUUAAACUUUUAUGUUAUUGAAAAUACACUCAAGUUUGGCGACUGUAAUGAGCUUUUAAUUGAUACAAUUAUAUCUGCUAAUAACGUGCUGAAAAGGUCGAAUGACAUCGAUUUGUACUUUACGAUUAUUAAUGGUCUCGAACGACUUAUCAUCGUAGACACAGAGAAUCGACUAUUCAGAGAAAAGAUUGAGAAACUCUCGAUUGACUUGAUUAAAAAUGAGAACAAAAACUUUGCUUUGGGUGGCUUGAAACUUUUAGUGACCUGCAUGUACAUUGGAUCUUUAGAGCAACUUGAAAAUACAGAAAAAUCAAAUGGAAUCGUGCAAGAUGAGCCAGAAAUUGUGAUGCAAUACACAGAGAAAAUUGAUAUUUUAUUUGGAAAAAUUAGAAAUUCAACACAAGAUGAAGCUGAGGUCUUUGGAAGAGUUUUGGGGCAGAUUUUAAAAGAUUUGUUGUCGCCGAAUGAAAUUCUGACUAAAAUUAUUAAGGAACUGCUGAUUAUGAACCAGUCCAAUACGAAUACUAUCGCUAUUAUCAUUCAUCAAGUAUUCAGAACAGCAAUUGACUCAUCGUUCCUGCCACUCCUCCAAGAAUGGUUGAUAUGCUCACUACCUAAUUUCCUAAACUAUCCAAACAAUAAGAAAUCAAUUCAGUUCCUGACUCUAAUUUUCAUGUCAUCAACCUUAAAUCAGCACCUCCUUAAACUCUUCCCAAUUAUCAUCGACGACGAUAUUUCAAAUUCACAGCUUAAUCGACUAUUUAUUGUUAGUGCUAAAGACUUUUAUGGACGAUUAUCGAAUAAACAGCAAUUAGCUUUUCGUGACGCUUUUAGACUUUCUCGUAUGCAAUCGUCAACAUCGCCAACAAAAAUGUUUAAUGAAAGUUUAUUCCAAGGUUUAUUGAAAAACUUAUAAAGUAUUGAUAUUUAAUUACAGUUAUUGAUUAUAUCCUUAUAUUAUGCAAAUUAUGCGACUAUGCUUUGAACUAUACAGACGUUAUAAUAAUUUUUAAAAAUUUCUUUCACAAAUUAAAUUGUGAGAAAAUCCGUUUAAAUAAAGAAAAAGUUUAUUUUAUUAUCCUC